CCAGUCCGCCUUCUGGCUCCCCGGGAUCCCGGACUGGCCGAAGCCCGAGAGGUGGCAGCGCGGGGAGCCCCAAGCGCCCAAGGGAGCGGGCCAGACGGGACAAGACUAGAGGAAGCACUGCCGCUUCUGUAGCCAGUGCCGGAGUCGGGAGCUGCGGCCUCCCGGACCUUACUGCCCAGGCCAGUUCAGGGAGAGCGGGGAGUACGAAAACCCCACCCUCUUGGGGGCAUCCUAGGAGCGGAGGCGGGAGCGCGGACUGGAGCAUCUCCCACCCCCUGUUGGAGAGAAGACCCCUGCCGCUCGGGCGGGGGAAAGAAGACACCUCUAUAGGGGACGUGCCUCUCCCUCGUAGAGGCGAGGAAAACCCUCCUACUGGCCGAGGAGAAGAACCCUAAAAGUAGAAAGGGGUGAUCCUUCUUAAAGAAAGCAGAGUGAGACCAUCCCAACGUGCCUUCCCCCCUCCAAACACACACUCCGAACAGUUCAGGACUUUUGAGGCAAAGAGAAAGGGAAAUGCCUAUGGAGUAGGCACCUUCCACCCUAUCCAAUACUUACUAGGGAGAGGAGUCCUUACAUUCAAAAGCUGAGGACACUCCAAGAAAAGAAGAAUCAGCUUUCAACCAUUCAGGCGAGGGGAAGACCUCCCCCUAACUUCCUUGUACUUAGACAGUGGAACAGAGCAGAGCCCCACCGCUCAGAUCUCCAGCAGGCAGAAAGAGCCCUCCACCCGUGAAAGAUCCAGUUUGGGGGGGAGGGGGACUCCCCCAAGGGGGAGGAGACAACUCCUGCUUGGGAGAGGCUCCUCCCCUCCUCCCCAGGGUAACAGGCAAGGUGUGGGGGGUGUGCCACCUUCCCCAGGUAGGACCUCCUUCUCCUCCUCCACCACCUCCUGUCCCUGUCUGUCAUUGUCUGGGGAGCCACUUUCCCUCCUCAUCUUGGGAGGCUCAGCCUACUCCUGGAAGAGCCACUGAGGAUGGGACCCUUCAUCAGCCUCUGAAGAGACGAAUCCCUCCAACUUCAAACUCCAGUACCAGGUGGCUCCCGCCCUUGGCUGGGGGCACCUUGGAGACAGAACCCAGAAGUACAAUGGCUUCUGACCUAGAGAGUAGCCUUACCUCCAUAGACUGGCUCCCCCAGCUGACCCUCCGAGCUACCAUUGAGAAACUUGGGAGUGCCUCCCAGGCUGUGCCUCCAGGGGGCAGCCGCAAGUGCCCACCAGGCUCACCAACAGACCCCAAUGCCACCCUAAGCAAAGAUGAAGCUGCAGUCCACCAAGAUGGCAAGCCACGGUACAGCUAUGCCACCCUCAUCACCUAUGCCAUCAACUCUUCUCCAGCAAAGAAGAUGACCCUCAGUGAGAUUUACCGCUGGAUCUGUGACAACUUCCCCUAUUACAAGAAUGCUGGCAUUGGCUGGAAGAAUUCAAUUCGACACAACCUUUCUCUCAACAAGUGUUUCCGGAAGGUGCCCAGACCCCGAGAUGAUCCUGGGAAGGGCUCAUAUUGGACAAUUGACACUUGCCCUGACAUCUCCCGAAAGAGAAGACAUCCUCCAGAUGAUGAUCUCUCUCAAGACUCACCAGAACAGGAGGCAAGCAAGAGCCCACGGGGAGGCAUUCCAGGGAGUGGAGAAUCCUCCCUGCCUCCAGAGGGGAAUCCUCAGAUGUCUCUUCAGAGCCCCACAUCUCUUGCCAGUUACAGCCAGGGUACAGGAUCAGUGGAUGGUGGAGCAGUGGCAGCAGGGGCUCCAGGCCGAGAGGGUGCUGAGGGCCCCCCUCCUCUCUAUAACACCAACCAUGACUUCAAAUUCUCCUACUCAGAGAUCAACUUUCAGGAUCUAAGCUGGUCCUUCCGCAACCUCUACAAAUCCAUGCUGGAGAAGUCCUCUUCCUCUUCUCAGCAUGGCUUUUCGAAUCUCCUCGGGGACAUGCCGCCCUCUAACAACUACUACAUGUACCAGCAGCAGCAGCCACCACCUCAACAGCAACAGCAGCAGCAGCCGCCACCACAGCCGCCUCCUCCACAGUCACAGCCACAGCAGCAGCAGCCGCCACCAGCCCAGGGCCCCUCAACUGUAGGAGGUGCUCCCCCACUACACACCCCAAACCCAGAUGGUUGUACGGCACCAGGGGGGAAGCAGGCUGGCGCUGAAGGCUACGGGCCUCCCCCAGUGAUGACCAUGCACCCACCCCCACUGCAGCAUGGAGGCUACCACCCUCAUCAGCACCAUCCCCACUCCCACCCUGCCCAGCAGCCACCUCCUCCACAGCAACAGGCACAAGGCCAGGCUCCUAUCAACAGUGCUGGCUUUGCAUUUCCUCCUGACUGGUGCUCCAAUAUUGACUCCUUAAAAGAAAGCUUCAAGAUGGUGAAUCGGCUCAAUUGGUCCAGCAUUGAGCAGUCACAGUUUUCAGAACUGAUGGAGAGCCUGCGACAGGCAGAUCAGAAGAACUGGAGCCUCGACCAGCAUCAUAUUGCCAAUCUCUGUGACUCCCUCAACCACUUCCUUACCCAGACUGGCCAUGUUCCCCCACAAGGCGGCUCCCACCGGACACCAGCCUCUGCUCGGAUUGCUGACUCCUGUGCACUCACCAGUGGCAAACAGGAAUCUGCCAUGAACCAAGUGAACUCUUAUGGGCACCCACAGGCCCCCCACCUCUAUCCUGGUCCAUCACCAAUGUACCCAAUCCCCACCCAGGAGCCAGCAGGAUAUAGUCGCCCAGCCCAUCAUAUGGUCCCUCGGCCACCGGUCCCCCCUCCUGGUGCCAAUGAGGAGAUCCCUGAUGAAUUCGACUGGGACUUGAUUACUUAG